AAUAACGAUAAGAUGAAUUCAGAGAUUGCUCGUUUGGAAGAGUUAAAGCAAGCUGAAAUUUAAUUAAUGCAAUAGGUUUAUGAAUAGAAAGUAAGAUAUUGGAUUGUAAGUUUAGAUUAAUUACUUAAAUACAAAAUUACAAUUAUUAACAAAGGAAGUAAGUAAGAAGGAUUAAGAGAUAAUGCAAUAUAGUUAAUAAAAUUAAGGAGUGAAUAAAACAAAAACUGAGUAAAGUUUGAAGGAUUUAGAAGCUGAGAAACAAUAUUAAAAGGAGUAUUUGCAAGCUCUCUAAUUGGAGAAGGAUUAGGAAGUAACAAAGUUAAAAAAUUAAUAUGCACAAGAUAUUUAAAACUGUUAGAAUUUGUUAAGAAACAGAGAUAAGUAAAUUGAACAGUUGAGUAGUGAAUUACAACAACAUAGAUAAUAAUCUUUAAAAUAUAUGGAUAAUUAAAAAAUUUAAUACUUAUCCAAAAUUUUGGAUUUGUCUAGUGAAUUAUAAUAAUUAUUAUGA